CUACCGCCGCCACAUCUAAGCAAAAUGGUAAGAGGUGAUGAAGGAAAAGGCAAGUCCAAAGCAAGAGAGUAUGCCGCUCCAAUAGCAGAUCCAAGAUUUGCAAAAUUACACUCUGAUCCAAGAUUCUUACGUCCGAAUCGGGAAGAAGGUAAGGUUGUGCUGGAUGAUCGAUUUAAAGGUAUUUUAAAGGAUGACAAGAGCGCUUUCAAGGGUCAAAGAAGACCGAAGUUGGACAAAUUCGGUAGACCGGUUCGUCAAGAUCAAGAUCAACAAGCAGAUUUGAAGAGAAUUUACCGCGCUGAAGAGAAUGAACAAGAAGGCUCAGACGAAGAGGAUAGCAGCAGCGAAGAAGAAGAUGCUAAGCCAGAAAGAGCGGUCGAUUACGCACGUGGAGAAGGUCAGCUUGACAGUAGUGGAGAUGAAGAUGAGAGUGACGAGGAAGAGGAAAGUGAUGACGACGAUGAUGAAGAUGAAGUAGUGAUUGGCUCUGCAGCUGCACGAAGGAGAGAUCUUUACAGACAUGGAUCCGAUGAAAGUGACGUUGAAGAUGUCGAAGAAGGGGAAGAAAAUGAAGCACAAUUAGCAAAGCUAGACGCAGAAGCAGAAAAGACUAUCAAGCGAGAAGCCAAAGCUGCAAAAGCAAAACCUGUAUUUGCCGGAGAUACCGCACGUCUCGCGGUUGUCAAUAUGGAUUGGGAUCAUAUCCGGGCAAUUGACUUAUUCAAGGUUUUCUCAUCCGUCGUUUCUCCAGCUGGUGCUUCUGGUGCUGGACCAUCAUCUAAACGACAUGGCGAACGUCAGAUCGUUCCCAUCCAAGGACGUUGUUUGAGCGUAUACGUAUACCCCUCCGAGUUUGGACGGAAACGUAUGGCUAAAGAAACUAUGGAGGGACCUCCUCGUGAGAUCUUUGCAUCUGAAGAAGGAGAAGGAAGCAGCUCUAGCAAACGCAAGAACAAGAAGAAAAAGAGCAGAUCAAAAGGUGACGAUAGCAGCGAUGAAGAAAUAUUCCAGGUAGACGAAGGAGGAGAUUUUGAUGAAGAAGCUUUGCGGAAAUAUCAACUUGAUCGAUUACGAUAUCAUUACGCAAUCGCCACUUUCGAUCGACCCGAGACGGCGCGUUUCAUAAUGGACGAAAUUGAUGGUACGGAAAUGGAACAUUCGGCCAACAUGUUUGACCUAAGUUUCGUUCCUAAAGAAAUGACAUUCCCCGAUUGGGAAGCGCCAAAGGAUGAUCCUGGAAAUGAAGGUUAUCGAGAUUUUGCGACAGAGACAUCGGAUGAAGCAGGAUAUUCUGGAGUGAAGUUCAUGACUGAUGCUCUUAGACAUUCAAAGGUCACUUUGACAUGGGAUGCGGAUGAUCCGCAGCGCAGCAAGGUGACACGACAAGCAGCUGAGAAAUCUCUCAAUGCUAAUCAAAUCCGCGAUGAAGAUUUCAAAGCGUACUUGGCCUCUGCAAGUGAAGAUAGCGAGCCUGAGAAAGAAGAGGAAGAAGGAGCAGACAAAGGUGGAGAAGAAGAGAGAGAACGAAUGCGUGCCCUGUUGGGCUUGAACGGUAAUUCAUCCGGUGGCAACGCUGGCUUUGGAAAAGCAAAAUCGACAGCAUUUGCUGAUGCUAGAAAGCAAAAAUUGCAAGAGGGACAGGGUGAUAUGCAAAUCACAUUCAUGCCGGGCUUGUCCGAAGCUGCAGAAAGAAAGAAAAAGGGCAUCAAAGCUGAUGAAGAAGAGACAACACUGGAUGCUUACAAACGUAAACAACGCGAGAAGCGUGAACGUCGCAGAAACAAGGACGGGGAAGAAGUCGGAGAAGAUGCUGAACAAGAGAAGGGCGAAUACGGCUUUGAUGAUCCAUUUUUCGCCGAUGAUGGCGAGGUGGACUUUGAUGCUGCUCUUGCAGAAGAACGAAGCGGCAAACAAGGCAAGAAGCAACAACAGCAAAACAAAAAGACUGUUGGGCUCAAAGACCCAGAAAGCGCUAGCGAAGAUGAUGCUGAUCAAUUGCAGCUUAUGAUCGAUUCAGAAGAUGAAGGUGAAAGUGGAGCCGGACAUUUCUCUUUAAAAGACAUCUUGAAAGCCGAACAGGCAGCGGACGGCAAAGCCAAGAAGAAUCGAUGGGCAAAGAAGAAAGAAAAGAAAUUAGCAAAGCAAGGUGGAGAAGUUUUAACAAAAGGUAACAAUGAAGUUCAACCUGGAUUUGAUAUUGAUGUUCAGGAUUCUCGUUUUGCGGGCUUGUAUGGCGAUCAUCGAUUCGCUCUUGAUCCCAAUCACCCAAGCUUCGUCAAGACGAAGAAUAUGCAGAAAUUAGUUGAUGAGCGUCGUAAACAGGAUAAGAAGCGUCAACGUAAGUCCGAAAAGUCUUCAGAGAAUGCCGGCAAAGAGAAUGGAGACAGUAAAAGUGCAUCAAAUGGAGAAAAGAAGGACGAUAUCUCUCACCUCGUUCAGUCUUUCAAGAAGCGUGCAGCGGAACAACCUGUCAAUCAUUCAGGAAAGAAUAAAAAGAGCAAAAAUCGUGUAUGAUCACAUUUGCAAUGAUGUAUGUCUAAUGGAUAUCCAAUAUGUGUAUAAUACAAAAAAAAUAUAGAGUCAUGAAU